AUGGACAUUCAGCAAGGGCCAACCGGAUCGAGCGCCGGAUCCUCGACAAUGAAGAUCAAACAAGAAGCAAUCGAGAAUGAACGCAAUGACCGCAAAGAACACGCCUGGCUACUCAUCGGCCGUGGUGAGGACCACAUGCGGGCAGAGUUCAGCCUCUUCAUCCGCUCGCCGAGUACCGAGAAUCCGAUGGACCCGGCGAUCGAUCCAUGCUAUGGGAUUCUUUAUGAUUAUCUCGGAACGCCGACAACAGGGUACAGCCAUCGUGUCCAUUUUUAUAACUUCCGAGUGGGAGAGACGUGGAAGGACGCGGUGUACUUGGGCGAGAUGUCGAGUGCAGAGCUUCAUCAGAGGGAAGGCAGUCUGAAAACUUCACCUCUCGGGGAAAGAUGUUGGGCCAGCAAGAAGCCACCGGUGUUGACUGCUGAACAGUUGUCGCAUCCGGUUGAUGGUGUAAGAUGCCCCGUUCUCCUUGCAGAUGUUCGUUGCUGA